AUGGAACCCGCUGAGUCGGCACGCUGUCUGCGGCCGCGCCAAGCACCCGGCAUGCCGGCUCGUCCGGCGGGUAGUGCCGUUCCGAAAGCGGGCGGCGGCCGAAUGACAAGGAGCUCGGCUGCACUCACCAUCACUUCCCCAACCAACAGGAGCUCGACGGUGCCUCCACUGCUCAGCAUCCCAGUCAGGUCGCACAAACGGGCGAGAUCAUCAUCCAAGAGCGCAAGCCAAAGCCAGCAGGCAAAACGGACUCGCCCGUCCACCCGCAAAUUGGGAUUUUACGAGGAGGAUAGUGAGACCUGGGACGAUGGAGACGAUGAGGGCGAUGAGGACGACGAACCCCUCCUCCGCCCUAGCCCUAAGGUGGAGCAGAAAUCGACUCCUCGCAAACAACGCAAUUUGAAGGCUUCUAGGACCAUAACUCCGAAAAAGUCAAAAUCUCUCACCCGAGCAAUCAAGAGCCCUCUUCAGCAAGCGGCCAAGAAAACCCCGACGGCCAAAGAUAACACGGUCGCCGCGGAGGACAGUCCUUUCAUACCCGACUGGGCCAGUCUUCCCUAUCUCAUACUUCUCCAAAUUUUCCGAGAUGCGGCAGCGCCGCUCACUCAGUUAGACCAGGUCAAAUGGCUCGUUGCAACAAGUGGUGUUUGCCGCGCGUUUGCAGAGCCCGCUCUGACCCCUCUAUACGAAGCGCCGCCGUUGCUGACCCGAUCUAUGACUCACGGUCUUGUCUCGCUACUUGCCAAAGACCCGUCGACAACGUUGUUCAAUUACCGGAACAAGGUGAUAGAGCUAGUGGUCGACGUCGAGGAAAUUUCGUCAAGGACAUUCAAGGGUAGGCCGCUAGAUCUCGAGGGCCUCGUUAGGAAUGUACCUCGCUUGAAGUCUCUGCAGUUCCUCCACUGGAAAGAUGACCCGCCUUAUCGCUCCCUCGAAGGCAACUUGCGAUGGAGCUAUCCCGUGUCUCUCUUCUGGGGUCUCAAUGGAGACCCCAAUCCAAGGCGGGGGACCCCGGGUCACAACCAUGUACGACUCGCCGCGUGGCAGUGGAAUCGGCGGCUGAUGGGAUCAGACCUCAAUCUCGAUGGUAUCGCCAGUCUUCACCAAACCCCUGCGUUUGUAGGUCUGGAGAAAGUCACAUUUGUCAACUACCAAGUCCCUUCGCUUCAUGCGAAAGAGGCCGAUGACGACCACCAGAUUGACACCCUUGACCAGGAAAUGAUUCAGAAACUCGCAAACGCAAUCAACGCUUUGCCGGCUCUCAAACACCUCACAUUUGAGUCGUCGACCGCGGUGAACUGGCGGCUACUUCCAUUGCUCCCCAAGAACCUCGAAUCCUUGGAGUUGAUCAAUUGCUGGGACGUCAAGGGCGAAGACUUUUCCAGCUAUCUCCUCUCGAGUGGGUACCGACUGAAGCGCCUCUUACUACUCCACAAUCAGUCCCUCGAUCUUUCCUUUGUUACCAUCCUUGGAGAAGCGUGCCCAAACCUGCGGCUGCUUUACGUGGACUGCAAGACUUUCAACCACCACGAGUUUUACCACGACUCAGACCCGUCUUAUGAGCAACUUCUCAUGGCGGGCCAAGUGCCUGUGUGGCCUGAGAGUCUGGAAUCUCUCCAGAUGUUAAACAUGAAGAAAUGGACGGCCGAAGCGGCUGAAACGCUCUUCCGGUCACUCGUCGACGCUGCCCCGAAGUUGCAUAGCCUCCGCCGAAUCGAUCUCAAAGCCAUGCUGAGCAUCCCCAUCCAAGAGCGCUCUCAUCUUCGCAACAAGUGGGCACGCAAGCUCAAACACAUCUUUUUGCGCGAGUUCCACGACCCCACGUCGCUCUUUUCCUUAAGACAUAGACUGCCCCAGGACCCAGGAAAUCCAGUCAAGGGCGUGAGCAAGAAGAGUGGCACUUCCAGAACCACUCAAAAGACUACCGUUCCCGAUGUCCCUUCCCGCCGAAGCAGUCGUAUCACCGCCAAGUCGUCACAUCCGUCAUCUCGCGCCAGUAGCAUUGGCCGAGAUCUGCGUCACGGGCUCAACCGGCCAUCGUAUGCUGAUCCGGAUACAGACGAGGACAUGGAUAUGGAUGACGAAGGUGGGGAUGAGCUAGGUGAGAGGAAUGAGGAGAGCGCCGGGCCGCACUCUCCAGCGUCUUCUUCGAGAACAGGCGAUGGAGAUGGAGAAGAAGUGACAUUCCGCCAUGGUUUGUGCGAAAAGGUGGAGGUCCAACUGGACAACCAAAAAUCGGUAGAGACGACACUGACAAUGGAUGAUUUCCUUGAUGAUGAGAAUGAUGACCUGUCAGACGACGACUGGAUGGGAGAGGAUGAGGACUCGGAUGGGGCAUAUGCUUGGUAA